UACUAGGUAUACUUACUUAAUUAAUAAAAUAAAAUAAAAUGACCAAGUUUUUGAUAUUCACAGCUGCUAUGUACGUUUUGAAGAAUAUUGCUGCAACAGAUGAGAAUCUCGACCCUUUAUCUGAUGAGUUCAUCAACUUCAUCAAUGCGAAUCAAACUUUGUGGAGAGCUGGUCGAAACUUUCGCCAGGGCAUUCCUAUAUCCUAUAUCAAUCUGCUAGCAGGGACAAUAAAUGACAACUCUACAAGAGAAGACGAAGUUUUGGAUGACCCACCGCCGUACGACAUUGAAAUCACUGACGCUGUUCUGCCUGAAAACUUCGAUAUUAGACAGCGUUGGCCUGAUUGUUCCGUGUUGAAUAACGUCCGGGACCAAGGAUCCUGCGGGAGCUGCUGGGCCGUCGCCGCCGUCGGUGCUAUGUCUGACCGCUUCUGCAUCAGCUCGCAAGGAAAAGAUAACUUCUACUUCGCAGCAGCGGACGUCCUCAGCUGUUGCCUCAACUGCGGAUCAGGGUGCGCUGGUGGAGUGCUGAAAAAUGCAUGGCUGUACUACAAAAGAGUCGGCAUCGUAUCAGGGGGGGAGUAUGAUUCGCAGGAUGGAUGUCAACCCUACCGAGUUCCACCAUGUGAUCAUCAUUUCGCGCCUAACACAUUGGAACCCUGUGGCCACAACGUUAAAACGCCUCUAUGUGAAUCCACCUGCCAGGAACACUAUAAGCAAAGCUAUGGCGCAGAUAAAAAGAAAUGUAAAUCUGUGUAUUAUAUAAAAAAUAAUUUUGUGUUAAAAGAUAUAAUAUACACGCGCGGUCCUGUCACGGCUACAUUCGACGUGUACGCUGACUUUCUCAAUUACAAAAGUGGUGUUUACCGGUAUGUGGCUGGCAAGUUCUUGGGUCGUCAUUCUGUGAAGCUCAUGGGCUGGGGCGUGGAAAAUGGCGUCAAGUAUUGGUUGGCAGCAAACUCAUGGAACGACGACUGGGGCAACAAAGGAUUCUUCAAAAUUUUACGCGACCAAAAUCAUUGCGGAAUAGAGAACACUAUUAUUGCUGGAAUUUAAUGUGUUAAAGUAAAAGUAGCCUAGGUACAUGAUGUGUUCUAAAUAAAAAAUAUUUUUUUAA